UCUUGAAUUCAGGGGGUAGAAACUGACAUAGGAGAAGGGCAACAAGGUAACUACUGCCUCUAUGUGUGGAGGCAAAUACUACACACAGAUCUCGACCAAUCAGAGUGCAUACUCGAACCAAUUUGAAUUCCCGCAAUUAUAUGCGAUUAUGGUCAUUAUCGUCAUUAUGGUGGUUCAUUGCACACAAAAUGGUAAGUAUGAAUUUUGAUUUGAUGUGGAUGUGAAACGGAAGCAGACAUUUACGAACGAAGUUACAUCUCUGUGUUAAACAUAUUAUUUGUGUAUAGGAACGGUAUGCUUACUACCACAAAUGAGAUUAGAAAUAUAUAGAAUUCUAUGAAGCCCAAAAUUUUUGAGGUUAUGGUAAACUGUCAUCUAAACGAUAUUUGUUUUAUGAUAUGUUCUGAAACUUUCGGUUUAGCCCAAAGAUUGUCUGUAGAAUGUGAAGGAGUUCUAAGAGUCCAGUUUUACUGUUAUAUUUUUUGUAUUGCUUCUUGGAGUAUAAACAUGAAAACGAAGACAUGCUGCUGCUGCUGGGUGCUUGUCAUCCAGCAGCCAAGGAACCAGAUUCUUCAACUUUCCAAAGAACCCAGCACGGUAUGUCUGUUUUAAUUCAUGGUGUAAUUACUUUAUUAUGUGUUGCUUGAUCCAAUGAAUAAAUUAAGUUUAAUAUAUGUCUGUGUUCAAUUUAUUCAACAUAACCCCAAAAUUUAGAAUGUGUACCAAGUUUGUAAUGUUUACUGAAGAAUUAUCUAGGUUUUGAGUCUAUUUGUUCUACUUUUACAAGGCUGUAGUAUGGGCAGGAAAAGCUGUAAUAUCUUGCACUAUUGAUUCUGCUGGAAGGCUGCACAAUAACUAUUUGUGCAGGAAACAUUUCAUGGACAUUGAUUUCACUCAAGCUGAAAGGGUACACUUGAACAGAGUGGCACUUCCAUGUGACUCAGGUUCUGCUUCACAGUCAUGCCCACAAUCUCCUGUCUCUUCAUUACAUACACCUUCCUUGGAUCCUUUGCCCACAGUUAUAACUCCCACCCCUUACAGCAAGACAGUGGUGUACUCUACUGUAUUACAUAUUCCUAUACAUGCAGACGGUCCUUCCACUUCCUCUCAGAUGUCUUCAGUCCAACCACCACCAACAGCAGCAAACACCUUUGCAGCGAAAGAAACCUCUCUUCCCCUAAGUUCUGUAAAUACAAAUGCUUCUGUUGGAGAACUUGGGCAUAUCAGUUGUCAGAGUUCUUCCUCAAAGCUUAGAGCAAAGCAUUCUCUGCUAAAAGAACUUAAUUUGGCUUCACUUUCAGAAUUGUCACUGAGAGAAAGGAAAUUAUAUGAACAUAUUCAGAAUAAAGAGAGUGCUCUGUAAACUCAAAAAGAAAUAUAAGGGAAAGAACCUGAAAAAUCUCUGUGAUGUGGAUGGUGAUCCACUGAUGCAGAGUCUUUCAUAUUCUUUCACUUUAGAAGCUACCAGAUUUUUGGCACCACUGUUUCAGAACAUUAGACAGAAGCCUAAGGGCAGGAGGUGGAAUUUUGAUGAACAAGUGUUUGCCCUGUCUCUCCCGAAACAUAGCCCUAAAUACUAUCUCAUUCUGCGUUCACUGCUCCCCCUUGCAUCGAGACGAUCCUUGCAGUCCAUCCUGAAUACUGUUCCAUUUAGGACAGGCAUCAAUGCUCAUGUGUUUCAUGCACUCCAACAGUCUCUGCAGAAAAUGUCUGGUAGAAAUCACCACUGUUGUUUUAUGUUUGAUGAAAUGUCCAUCAGGGAGAACUCUCAUUUCAACCAUAAAAUUGAGUGCAUUGAGGGUUUUGAGGAUUGUGGAAGCCAGGGCAGGACAUGCAAUAUUGCAAAUUGUGCUGUAGUUUUUGUGAUCCGUGGCCUACAUGGAAAGUGGAAGUAACCAGUUGCUUACUAUUUUACUCAUGGAAGCACUAAGGCAGAGAUGACUGUGCAAUACUUGAAGGAGGUUCUUGAUGCCUGUCAGAAUGCUGGACUGAAGGUUGUUGCCACUGUGUGUGACAUGGGGGCCAACAAUGUCAAGGCAUUGAAACUGUUGGGUGCUUCCAAAAGGAAACCACUCUUCAGAUUUCAUAAUCAAGAAAUUGCAACAGUAUAUGAUCCUCCCCACCUCCUGAAGUGCACCUGAAACCUAUUCUGAAAGUAUGAUAAGUAGUUGAAGUCUGAGCACCUGGCAACCAACUUCCUGUUAUUGCCAAAUGGGACCACAUAUUGAAACUGUAUGAAGUUGACAAACCCAGACCAUUUCGUCAGUUGUUCAAGCUGACAGACACCCACCCUGUCAUGAAACAAGACCUAGAGGAGUGUAUUCUUGUGACAUCACCUUAUUACUCAAUGCCGUAACUGCAAUUCAACGUAACUAUAACAGAAAAGGUUGAACAAUUAAUUUCACAAUUGGUCCUUUUCAUGUUAACAGCUCUCACUAGAAUGUCGAACUGUAAACUUCCACUCAAUGUAUCUUAUAUAUCCUAGGGUUGGACCUAUAGAAAACAUGUCACUGUAUUGUUGCAGGUUUUGUCUAGCACCAACUGUUUACUCAGCUGUUGCUAGGCAACAAAUGGUUUCUAGCUUGUAAUUGGUGAGCACACGAUCCACUGUUGUUGUAAACCUUACAUAGCAAUGACUGUUUACUCGCUGUUACUAAGCAACGGUACCUGAGCUGUUACUGUAACGUUUCCGGGGUAACAUCGUUACUGCCCGGCAAAUGACAUGCAAGAACUAGUAGAGCAAACACUAUGCAGUCAUGUAUUGUAAGUCAAAGAAUUAAGGGAAAGAUGUCUCAGUUCUUCACACACCUGAACCCCAGUGCACAGAGUGUUAUGAAAGUUAAUAUGGCUGCGCAAGUUAUGAGCCAUAGUGUGGCAGCAGGCCUCAACUCUCUAGUGGCUGCAGGAGGGUGCUGCAGUGAAUACCUGGCAACAGCUGCGUUUGUUGAGGAGGUUGACAACCUCUUUGAUAGUUUCAAUGGUGGAACGUGUGUUGACCCUGGGGAAACAAUGCCUUGCCUGCUCAACAAUAGCAGUCCGAAUAUAGAGCACUGGAAAAGGGUUGAUGACUGAAGCAGCCAGGCAGAGGGUCACAAAGAG